GUUUACAUUUACUGUUUCAAAUUUUGAAAGUUAAAUUUGUUUUGAAUUUUGAUUAACAAAGCGUUUUGGCAUGCAUUUUAGCAUUCAUAAAAUUAAUUUUCUUUCUGAAGAUUAAAAAAUUAACUGAGAUUUAUAAUUAAUUGCAAAAAUGGCGGAGCUUUUAGAUUUUGAAAAUCAGAUGUAUCUUGAACUCUUUCACGAUGAUGCUUUAGCUGUCCUUGCUAAAGGGAUCGGAAUAGAGCGGUUGGCAAUAAAUUUAAUAAAGACAUACAACGACCCUGGUAAUCUGGUAUUUGUAAUUGGUUCUACUCCGGUUGAAGAAGAAUAUAUUACUAAUAAACUUCAAGAGUCGGGUGUUACAUUGCUUCCAAAAACCAUAACAUCAGAAGUUAGCGUUAAAGAUCGUCGCGAUGUUUAUAUGGAAGGCGGAGUUUUGUUUGUUUCAUCCAGGAUUCUUGUUGUAGAUAUGUUAGUUGAUAGAGUGCCAAUCGAUCUAAUAACAGGCAUGGUUGUGUUUCGAGCCCAUAAAAUUUUAGAAUCAUGCCAAGAAGCAUUUAUUCUCCGCUUAUAUCGAAUGAAAAAUACUAAAGGAUUUAUAAAAGCAAUUUCUUCAAAUGCUGCUGCUUUUACUAGAGGUUUUUCUCAAGUUCAACGUAUCAUGAGAAAUUUAUUUGUCAGAAACCUCUUUCUUUGGCCUCGAUUUCAUGCUGUUGUUGCUAGUAGCAUAGAAAGAGCUAAGCCAGAUGUUGAAGAAAUUCAUGUUCCUAUGACAAAUGCAAUGACAUCAAUACAAAUUGCUUUAUUGGAUUUAAUGAAUGUAUGCGUAAAAGAAUUAAAACACAUAAAUGCAUCUCUAGAUACAGAUGAAUUGACUGUUGAGAAUGCCAUUGCCAAAUCAUUUGAUAAAAUCAUCAAAUACCAACUUGAUCCUGUAUGGCAUCAAUUAAAUUCUAAAACGAAAAGAUUGAUUUCAGAUUUGAAAUUUUUGCGUUCUGUUUUACAAUGCCUAACUCAGCAAGAUUGUGUUACAUUUUAUAGAAUGCUGAAAUCUAUUAAAGAAAAUGUUACUGUUGAUACACAAAUGUCUGAUUGGCUGUUUCUUGAUGCUUCAGACUCGCUGUUUCUGUAUGCCAAAGAACGAGUUUUAGGCCCAUCAAAGAAGAAGGAUGUAGUUAAAGAUAUAAAAAAGUUAUCUUUUGAAGAAAAUGCUAAGUGGAAAGCUUUUCGUGAUAUAUUAUCUGAAAUUUCCAGUGAAAAUAAGGAAAAAGAAAAUCAAUUGGUUAUAGUAAUUGUAAAUGAUGAUAGUAUUAGCAAACAAUUAAAAAAUAUUUUAACUGAAGGUAGUCAAGAAUAUUUAUUGAGUAAAUUUUUGAAACUGUUUCCUGAUAUGGCUUCUGAAUUUAAAGGAAGUCGUAAGGGGCAGAAAAGAAAAUUGAAAGAAGAUGAACAAACUUUGACUCAAAUGGUUCAGGAUUCAGAAACUACUACUGAGAAUACAUCAGAUGAAGUGAAUGAAUCAAGUGAUAAUUUCUUAAAAUUUAAGAAUUUAAAUAUUGAAUUUUAUCCUAUUAGAAAUGCUGCAGGGAACCAUUUUCGAUUUCAAAACAUCUGUGAACUGCAUCAUCCAAAAUACAUGAUUUUUUAUGAUGGUGAUAUGGAACUUAUUCGUAGAAUUGAGCUGUACCAAGCUUUAAAUUCUGAGAAGAAACUGAAAGUAUACUUUCUUGUUUACAGCGGAUCAUCUGAAGAACAAGCCUUUUUGACUUCGCUUAGAAGAGAAAAAGAAGCCUUUGAGUUCUUAAUAAAAGAAAAAGCACAUUUAGUGUUGCCGGAAGGGAUUGAUGGUAAAUCUGGUGAUCAUCCAGAUUUAGAAAGGGGCUCAACAUUAGCUAGUGAUACAGUCAAUUCUCGCAAAGCUGGAGGGCAAGUCCGAAAGUUAGAGGAUCAGAAAGUUAUUGUUGAUAUGCGUGAAUUUAGAAGCGAGCUUCCAUCAUUGAUACAUCGUAGAGGAAUUGAUGUAAUUCCUGUUACAUUAGAGAUAGGAGAUUAUGUUUUGACUCCCGAUAUGGUUGUGGAACGGAAAAGUGUUAGCGAUUUGAUUGGAUCUUUAAAUAGUGGGCGUCUUUAUACUCAAGCUCAAUCCAUGUGUCGAUUAUAUAAGAAGCCUAUUUUACUGAUAGAAUUUGAUCAAAACAAAGCAUUUAGCUUACAAGGAAAAUAUUACUUCAAUAACAGUGCAUCAUCUCAAAAUGUGAUUUCUAAAUUAAUAUUGCUUACUAUUCAUUUCCCUGAACUUCGAAUUUUGUGGUGCCCAUCACCAUAUGCCACUGCAGAAAUGUUUGAACUUUUGAAAGUGAAAAGAGACCAACCAGAUGAAAAAACUGCUGCUCUACUUAAAUCAGAAGGCAGUGAGGGAGAACUUUCUGCUAGCAAAUUCAAUACAGUUGGGUAUGACUUUGUUUCAAAGUUACCUGGCAUCAACUCUAAAAACAUGUGGCCUAUCCUAAGGAAUGUAAAUAGUAUAGCUGAUUUGGUUAAUCGUAGUGAAGAGGAAUUCAGCACUAUGCUGGGUAAUUCUGGGGCUGCCAAAACACUUUGGCGAAGUAUAAAUGAAGAAAUGCUACCCGAGGCUCCAACUUCUACCAAUUUCAAAAAGCCUAAAAAACCAUGGAAAUCUAAAAAACCACAACAUUUAUAAAAUAUUUAAGUUGUAAAUUUUAUUCUUUUAUCAGAUGUUUUAAAAUUUUCCCUGGUACAUUUCUAUUACCCUAACAGUAGCUAAAAUGUCAAUUCCAAGAAUACUGUAUGAUCCAUUUUUUUUUAUUUUGCCAGCCGUUAAUAUGUUAUUAAAUAUAAUAUUAUUACUUGAAAAAUUCAGAUUAGAUAGCAACACAUUGCUUUUAAGCCUGAUCCAAGCAAAAUACCUACCUAAUUUAUCAAACACUGCAGUUUUAUGAAACUAAAAUGCAUGAUUGCUUGCUUUUUUUGUCGUUCUGGUCACUUUAAGUUCAUAUACUAGCACCUUUGCAGUUGUACCAUAAACAGAACUGUGUUAUUUCAUGCCAGACAACAACUGCAGUGAAAUUAACAGGAAAAUAUAAUUUAGGCUUUGUAAAUAAUUUCCAUCAUUUUCAUUAUGUUAUAAAAAAUAGCUUUGAAUUUUUCUUAUAAAAUAAUUAAUAAUUUUUUUAAUUUCAACAAUAAGAAGGUUGAAGUUGGGGAAAUAGUUUUCUUGCAGAACAAAGCUUCUUAAACUUUUUCCAUUCACAAACACGAAAGGUUUUUUUCUUUUUUUUAGAAAAGGAAAACUUUCGAAAGUCCAAGUUUUGAGAAAUAUUUUUCUUGUUCACCACUUGAAUAUAAAAUUAAGAAAAAGAAAGAAACAUUAGUUUCUUAUUAUUAUAGAAGUAAUUGAAGGUAGUAUUAAAAUUUUUUUAAAAAUUUUUUUUUGUGCUCUAAAAAAAAAGAUUAUUAAUAAUAUUAUGGUUAACCAUAAUAUUAUUAAUAAUAUUAUGGUUAUUAACGAUGUAUAUGCAUAGCAACCUUAAUAUUAUGUUGUUUGAACCCAUAUGGUCCACAGUUUAAGAAACUUAGAUGUAAUAUAAGGAAAUAUUGAAUAUUUUAAUUGAAAUAUGAUUUAUUUCUGGUGUUAUUUAUGAAUGAUUCACAUUAAUGAGUUUCUUUAAGUGUUGUCUUGAAUUAUUUUUAUCCUAGUCAUUUGAACAAAAAUGAAAUAUUUAUAAAAAAUACUUUUGCUACUAAUGAUGAUUUUUUUUUUUUAAAUUGUUUUAUCUUCAGUGAAUUUCAAACAAUAUUUAUAUUAUCAGCUAUGUUUUUUCAAAUCUUGUGCUUUUACAAAAUAGCUUGCUAU